AUGGAGAACGAUACUGUUGAUCUGACUGGGCCGUCGCCUGUUACAACCUCACAUAGUAGCAGGGGGCCCGUGCCACAAACAUUACAGCCGUCACGGUCUCGUCGUAGCGCAUCGCCUGACUUUAAUGACAAUAGAGGCAAGGUUAAACGCCGGAGGUUGAGCAACAGGAACAAUCGGAGCAGUACCCCAACAGCUGGCCCGUCUUCUCAGAGCCACCAAGCAGCAGAGACUAUGAUUCCGGGUGAAAUCGAGUCUGUGGAUUUAACUAGUGUCGACGACUCCUCUUCGCUAGCACAAGUUCUUGCCAAACAGCGGGAGGAUGCAAUCAUAGCUCAGAAAAAUGCUACAAAUGACAAGGAAGCAAAGUCUAUUCUGAUAGCGUAUAAAUGCCCAGUUUGCAUGGAUGUACCUGAGAAUGCUACAAGCACUAUUUGUGGUCACCUAUUCUGCCAUAAAUGUAUCAUUGACAGCCUCAAAUACAACGAGACCCGCCGCACACUUGAAGGUGCUGGAAAGGGAGCCAGAGGGAACUGUCCGGUUUGCCGCAAAUCUAUAACCGUGGUAGACAAUCCCGGUCCCAGACGGAACCUUGUGCCAUUGCAGUUUAAAUUGAUAACUCGAAAAAAGGGGUAA